AUGUGGCAGUGCCAAAGAAAUCUGACUCGUCCUACCGGUACUAAUAUCUCAUUAAGAACCAAUCUACGAAGCAAGCGACUGUACAGUGUUCUGUCAAAGCGGGCAUUCCGUCAAGCCACCCCGUUGAACCAAACUGUUGGUAUUCAUGCCAGCGGCUUCACUGCGACAAGCUCUGCCAUACCAGAGCUCCAAGCAAAGCAUCGAAAGGAACGCGGUCUUUCCGGUGGUAUCAUCGGCAUCUUCUAUGCGUGCGGCUUCUUGAUUCCCGUGGGAGAAUCUGUGCACAGCUUCUUUCAGCCAAAAGAUGGAAGUCCGCCUGUAUUUCCACCCUACUGUAAAUUUCAUAAACACGGCAUGCACGGUGUAGCCUCUGUCGUCGAAGGAGCCAAGUACUUCUUCAAUGGAUUAGACGAGACUCGAGCUAAACACUACGAGUCUACAUUAACGGCAUCAGCGGUAUUCCGCACAGUAUUGCACAACGAUGCAUACUCUGCCCUUCCAUCUACAUAUCUGGUGACGGAGCAAGAUCUGGCAUUGCCGGCGGCGUAUCAGGAAGGCAUGAUUGCGUUGCAAAAUUCAAGACCGGAUGUAAACAUUGGGAUGGGUGAAAUGUCCAAGUGGUCACUCACCGCAUUUGACUUGGAUUGA